AUGAAUUCCUACACGGGACUAUUCUGCUUUAAAGUGGCGAAAGCACAACCGGAACUAGACCAACUUGCCCUACUUUUGUCGGACACCACAGUGCUCUGUUUCUUUACCGAAAAGUCUAAAAUCUUUCAGGUCAUAUCUGACCAGCAGGGAAAAGCCCUGGGCUCCAGGAACUCUACUGAAGUUCGUGUUAAGCAUAAUUUGAGUGCAGCAGUUUCCUCUGAAGCAGGGAUGUUAUAUCGAAAAGCUUGCCAAGCGAUUUUUCGCUCCUUCUGUGAAGCAAAGUUCCACAAAGUUCUGAAAAGCACGUUACCUUCUUCUGUGGAAUAUGCUCCUGAUGAUAUUGCCUAGUAGGUAAGCCUGAAGAUAUUUAAAACUUUUAAAUGAAUCUUUUGUAAGUUCUAUAUUUCAACACCUCGAUUUCUAUGUUUGUAAAGACUGUUAACUUUGAUUUGUAUUCUAUAUGUGUUCUAUCUGAGCUAAGCAAACUCUGUAACUUGUUAAAUAAAGAUUCCGUAGUUAUUCUAA